GAGUGGAAGCCACCUGCCAAGAGCCAUAUGACUGAAGCAUGGUGGAAGCAGAUCCUCUAGCCCAGUACCUAGCACAGCGUCUGGCUCACAGUGAAUGCUCAACAAAUAUUUGCAAAAUGAAGGAUCAAAAAGCGUGUUACUUUUAAGAGUUGUUCUUCAUUAUCCUUUGGUGUCCACUCAGACUUACGAAUAAAGGAAGGUAUUGACUAGCAUAGGCAACUGGUACGGAUUUCCUCUGAAGUUGGGGCAGGUGUCUUCUCCGCCACUGUGAGCUCCGUGAAGACAGUGCAUCCUCCUCCCUCUCUCUGCUCCCUGCCUUUCUCACCUUCGUGUCCCCAGUAUCUGUACAGUGCCUGGUGGGGAGCUGAUGCUCAACCGAUAAGUGUGGACAGGAUAAAUGAAUGAACCAACUCUAUGAGGUGAGUACUGUGGCUACACCCAAUUUGUAGACUACGAAAAGGAAACUCUGAGAAGCUCAGUGGCCAUCUCAAGGUCCCACAGCUGGCCAGUGGUAAAGGCAGGGUCCGAGGGCCUGAGUUCUUAAACAUUUCCCGUCCUGCAUCCAGCGCCCCGGACUCAGCAUCUAUCUGUCUUGCUCGCCCAUCAGGCCCUCUGAGGACAGCUCAGCUGGCCCAGGCUCCCCUCCCUGGAGCUGCCCCCAGAACCAUGGAGAGUCUGAGUGAACUGCAGAACCCUUUGCUGCCUCGGAGCCCCGCCCCCCUCCAUGGCCCUUACCCCUACCCCGAGGCUUCGCCCAGCUGGUCAUGCCAGGAGAAGCUCUACUCCUACCUCCUGGGUGGUGCUGGCUCUGCUCGCACCCAUCAGCUCCUGGACCCAGGAUCCCUGCAGCUGGCCGUGGAGGCCUGGUACAGGCCCACCUGCCUCCUGGGGAGGGACAAGGUCAAGGAAGCCAGGGCAAACAGCUGUGAGACCAGCUUCACAGAGAACAGGGAGCCCCAGGCGGGGCCUACGCUGCGGUCCACAGAACCUGGCCAAGCAGAAGAGGAUGUCACCAUCCAGACUGUGUCCUACGGGGUUCAAGAGGAGCAGCAGGGCCAGGAGAAUGACCAGGAGGAGGAGGAGGAGAGUGAUGUGACGUCGACAGACAGUGAAAGUGAAGACAACUUCGUGGCGCUGCCGCCCAGGGAUCACCUGGGCCUUACUAUCUUCUCCAUGCUCUGCUGUUUCUGGCCCCUGGGCAUCGCUGCCUUCUACUUCUCCCAGGGGACCAGCAAGGCCAUCUCCAAGGGAGACUUCCGCCUGGCCAGCACCACCUCCCGCAGGGCCCUCUUCUUGGCCACACUCUCCAUCGCCGUGGGCGCCGGUCUCUAUGUGGCCGUGGUGGUGGCUCUGGCAGCUUACAUGUCCCAGAAUGGCCAUGGCUAGUAGCCAGCAGGGCCUGGCAUCCUGGAUCCCCUGCUCCGCCUGAGGAGGCAGUGAGGCUUGGGGUUGCAGGCUCUCUGGAGAGCCCCGGCCCCUGAAGACAACCCACAAUCCUGGCUUGAUGUGGGGAGGCCUCCCAGGCUGCAGCCUGCAGGGCUCCACUGUCACUUCUUCUUGUCCACAGCCCCCAGCCCCAGAGCAGAGUCUGGGACACCACCCUCUGGCCCAGGCUAUGUCAGGAAGCAAGAGAGAAUAGGGCUGCCCAUCAAGCCAUCUAGGCAGGACCUACCUCUGGCUUGAGGCCGGCCGGGAGCUCAGCCUAUUCUGCCCCCCGCCCCCCACCCCCGCGACAAAGGGUUACCUGCCCUGCCAGAGUCCCACUCCCCAACUCUGCCAGCCUCUCCACAGAGAAGAAGCAGGAGGUUACUGGGAGAUGAAAGGACACCUGGGGAUAGGGGACCUGACCCAGUUCUUUUGGCUAAUCGGAGUCUCCACACUGGGGACAACCUGAGCUUCCCCAACUCCACUCUCUGGCCCCAUGAGGCCAAGACCCCCAGCCAACCCGGAGCGAAAUACAUAGAGACACAGGGACCCCUUGCUCUUUCCGGCUCUCUCCUGCGGGCUUGUAAGACACCAUAGAGUCUAGAUAGAGAAGAAGAGUCUCAGGCACGUAAGCUCUGCACCCAAGGCAGGGUCUUAGAGCUUCCUUGCGCAGGAACAAAAGACAGAUGUAAUGACAGAGGUCCUGCAAUAUUGCCAGACUACUUAGGCCUCCCUGCUCCACCCCCGGUCCUCACCUCCAUCACCCUUUUCUGGGCUCCUCCUGGGAGGUCUUGAGCUAAUACCAUCCCAGAGAGUGUCCUUAGCACACCAGUCACUGAGCACAGGGCCCUAGAUCCAGCCCUGUGGGAAAGCAGCAAGGAGAGACCCUGGGGAGUCAUGAGUGUAAACGAGGGGCAGAAUAGAGGACUGGCAUGGCUGCUGGGCAGCCCAGCAGUGUUCAGAAGGCUUCCUGGAGGAGGUGUUCCUUGAGCAAGGUCUAGAGGGAUGAGGAGAAUUUAUCUAGAUUUGUUUCCCCAUAACCCCUCGUAUUCAUGAACAGGGACAUGGCAGGAGUCUCCCAAACUAUUUGGAUUAUGCCUAGAGCAUCUGGGCUGGAGCCAAACUACAGCCAUUUUUGAGGACCCCACCACCUCGGAGGAGCAGGUUAGGCAACAUGUCUCUCAAAGACCAGUGAUGUUUUCCCACCUCUGAAUGCAGGGGGUCAACCGUCUUCACUGACGUCCCUAACCAGGGCUGCUCUCAACACCUCCAGCCACUAGGGAACAACCAGAAUUUUAGAGGCAGCCAGGCAGCUGGGGGGGGGGGGGGGCAGUAUAUUGGGAGGGCAGGCCUGUCCAGGCUCAAGCAAAGGACCCAACUGUGCAGGGUCUGGGGACUUGGUCAUUCCCAGGCUGCAUCCAGAGCCCAGGGCUGUGGAUCGACCACUGACCCACCUUGUCCCAUCACCCUCCCCAACCAGGCAUUGCCUCACCCUCCACUCCCCGCAUCCCCUGAAGCCCCACAGGCCCAGGAUCAGUGGUUUUAAUAUCCCCCUA